ACCUGGAGGGGAGGUAAAACUAAAGUGGGGGAAAUGUUAUAAAACGCAGUGGCCUUCUGUAUUCUCCAGCAUUUUGUUGUACCGGGAUAACGAAGUGACAUCGCAAUCUUCGAAAGGCGCAACAAAUUUUACCAAAUUUCCAAGAAAUUCUCAUCUGAUCGUCUUCAGGAAGUUCUAAUCUGUAAUCAUGCGUGAGUGUAUCUCAGUUCAUGUUGGGCAGGCUGGAGUGCAGAUCGGCAAUGCUUGCUGGGAGUUGUACUGCCUUGAGCACGGAAUCCAACCGGACGGGCAGAUGCCGUCAGACAAGACAGUGGGCGGCGGCGAUGACUCCUUCAACACGUUCUUCAGCGAAACCGGGGCCGGCAAGCACGUACCCCGUGCUGUGUUUGUUGAUCUGGAGCCAACUGUGGUGGAUGAAGUGCGCACUGGCACCUACCGCCAGCUCUUCCAUCCCGAACAAUUGAUCACGGGCAAGGAAGAUGCUGCCAACAACUACGCUAGAGGCCACUACACCAUUGGCAAGGAGAUUGUCGAUUUGGUACUCGAUCGUAUUCGCAAGCUGGCUGAUCAGUGCACUGGACUGCAGGGCUUCCUCAUCUUCCAUUCCUUCGGCGGCGGCACCGGCAGUGGCUUCACGUCCCUGCUCAUGGAGCGCCUGUCUGUGGACUAUGGCAAGAAGUCCAAGCUGGAAUUUGCCAUCUACCCAGCCCCGCAGGUGUCCACGGCUGUCGUGGAGCCCUACAACUCCAUCCUCACCACCCACACUACCCUCGAGCACUCGGACUGCGCCUUCAUGGUGGACAAUGAGGCCAUCUACGACAUCUGCCGCCGCAAUUUGGAUAUUGAGCGCCCCACCUACACCAAUCUCAACAGGCUGAUUGGGCAGAUUGUGUCAUCCAUCACGGCCUCCCUGCGCUUCGAUGGUGCCCUCAAUGUCGAUCUCACUGAGUUCCAGACCAAUCUGGUGCCCUACCCACGCAUCCACUUCCCCCUGGUCACCUACGCGCCAGUGAUCAGCGCCGAGAAGGCCUACCACGAGCAGCUGAGCGUGGCUGAGAUCACCAAUGCCUGCUUUGAGCCAGCCAACCAGAUGGUCAAGUGCGAUCCUCGUCACGGCAAGUACAUGGCUUGCUGCAUGUUGUACCGCGGAGAUGUGGUGCCCAAGGAUGUCAAUGCAGCCAUCGCCACCAUCAAGACCAAGCGCACCAUCCAGUUCGUGGACUGGUGUCCAACUGGCUUCAAGGUGGGCAUCAACUACCAGCCCCCAACUGUCGUUCCCGGCGGAGAUCUGGCCAAGGUGCAGCGUGCUGUUUGCAUGUUGUCCAAUACCACGGCCAUCGCCGAGGCCUGGGCCAGGCUGGAUCACAAGUUCGAUCUCAUGUACGCCAAGCGUGCUUUCGUGCACUGGUACGUAGGCGAGGGCAUGGAGGAGGGUGAAUUCUCCGAGGCCCGUGAGGAUUUGGCUGCCCUCGAGAAGGACUACGAGGAAGUUGGCAUGGAUUCCGGCGAGGGUGAAAAUGAAGGAGCUGAGGAAUAUUAAAUUUUUCAUGCCAAGAGGCUCUCUGCGGGGGGAUUCCCGCCAAAUUUUCAUCUUUCCACUUGAAGAAAAAUAAAAGAAAAAUAUUCAAUGCA